GCCUCUCACACUGCUCCCCCGGGUCGGAGCCCCCCGGAGCUGCGCGCGGGCUUGCAGCAAGAAGCCGAACAGAGAGCUCCUUGCCCCUGCAGUGCUGCCCGCGCCCGGCCUCUUGGCGCUCCCGUCGCCCCGCCGCCCACUUUUCAGGCCCCCGAGCCGCGCCGAGCGAGCGAGCGGGCCCGGGACGUGCUCCGGCCCCGGCAGCCUCGCGCUUCCCCGGCUCUGCUCCUUCCGCCCCCCGAGGGUCGCACGCCCACCAUGCCGCAGGGUCCCGGCUCGCUGCUGCUGCUGGUCCUGGCCUCGCACUGCUGCUUGGGCUCUGCGCGCGGGCUGUUCUUCGGCCAGCCCGAUUUCUCCUACAAGCGCAGCAAUUGCAAGCCCAUCCCCGCCAACCUGCAGCUGUGCCACGGCAUAGAGUAUCAGAACAUGCGGCUGCCCAACCUGCUGGGCCACGAGACCAUGAAGGAGGUGCUGGAGCAGGCGGGCGCCUGGAUCCCGCUGGUCAUGAAGCAGUGCCACCCGGACACCAAGAAGUUCCUGUGCUCGCUCUUCGCCCCGGUGUGCCUCGAUGAUCUGGACGAAAUCAUCCAGCCGUGCCACUCACUUUGCGUACAGGUGAAGGACCGCUGCGCCCCGGUCAUGUCAGCCUUCGGCUUCCCCUGGCCCGACAUGCUCGAGUGCGACCGUUUCCCCCAGGACAACGACCUCUGCAUACCCCUCGCUAGCAGCGACCACCUCCUGCCAGCCACCGAAGAAGCUCCUAAGGUCUGUGAAGCCUGCAAAAAUAAAAACGAGGAUGACAACGACAUUAUGGAAACUCUUUGUAAAAAUGAUUUUGCGCUGAAAAUAAAAGUGAAGGAGAUAACCUACAUCAACAGAGACACGAAAAUCAUCUUGGAGACCAAGAGCAAGACCAUUUACAAGCUGAACGGGGUGUCCGAAAGGGACCUGAAGAAGUCAGUGCUGUGGCUCAAAGACAGCUUGCAGUGCACCUGCGAGGAGAUGAAUGACAUCAACGCGCCCUACCUGGUCAUGGGACAGAAACUGGGUGGGGAGCUGGUGAUCACCUCGGUGAAGCGGUGGCAGAAGGGGCAGAGAGAGUUCAAGCGCAUCUCCCGCAGCAUCCGCAAGCUGCAGUGCUAGUUCUGGCGCCCAGGCAGCUCCGACAGGCCAGCCCCAGGGCUCGGCUGACCACACCCGCCCAAGGCCCAGGCCUCAGCUCUCGUGUCCCAAGCACAGUCCCUGCCGCUCCGGCCCCAGCCUGGAGCAGCAUCCCCUGCCUUUUGCACAUUUGCACCCCCAGCGUUUCCUGAACUAUAAGGCCCUAGGAGGCCUCAGGAAUGGAUACCUGUUUUCACAUUAAGGAAAAACC